AUGAGCAGCUACUUGGCAGAAGACACGGAGGAUCCGGGCGACGUGGAGGGGCUGGCGUAUGCCGGCGCGGGAGACGACUAUUCUGACGGCCGCACACCGUUGGAUAAGACUAUAGAUCGAAUUGGAAUGGGGUCGUACCAGUGGACGCUCCUGUCAUUGUGCGGGUUCGGUUGGCUGGCGGAUAAUAUGUGGAUACAAGCGAUGGCGAUCGUGCUGCCCCGCGUUCAACAGCAUUUCUCAGUCCGUGACAAUUACAUCGGCACUCUUUCAUCUUCUAUGUUUGCUGGGAUGAUGUUCGGCGCUAUUGGUUGGGGGACAUGUUCGGACCUUAUGGGCCGCACAACGGCGUUCAAUGCGACGUUAUUUCUCACCUCUGUAUUUGGCGUGUUCGCGUCCUUCGCGAAUUCGUUCGUCUGGUUGUGCAUAGCACUGUUCUUCCUUGGCAGUGCUGUUGGGGGUUCAAUGCCCACAGAUGGCACGCUUCUGCUGGAGCAUAUGCCGAAUGGCAAACAGUACCUCGUCACCGCCCUCUCCGUCUUUUUCUCCUUCGGUGCGGUUCUCGCGGCCGUUGUAGGCCUGCUGGUCAUUCCGAGCCACUCUUGCCCACCAGCGCCGGCGCCCUGCGACGUCGCAACACAAAAUAUGGGGUGGAAAUACCUCUUAAUCGCUCUUGGUAUCAUUACGCUUUCGAUGUUCUUUGCGCGCAUCGUGUUCUUCCGGCUGCAUGAGUCGCCCCGCUUUCUGGUGCACGCGGGUCGUCCGCAGGAAGCGAUAGAAUCCCUGCAGCUCAUCUCGAGAUUCAAUGGCUCAGAGCUGUCUCUGGGCCUCGAUGAUGUGCGGGACCACCACCAUGCACCUGUCCUGGGCGAUGAUAUCCCAGCCGCCUCUGACGUCCGCCCUAACCGCGAGCGAGACGAGACGGGGCUGACAGAAGAGUCUGCUCCACUUAUAUUCGGUGCCGACGCCGGCGGAGCGAUAGACGGACCACACGAUGAUGCGAAUAUCACGCGCCCAUCAUUGUCCUCGGUGCGCAGCCAUGACGUCCUGCGUGAAUCUCCCGAAUCCGAGUCGAAAAAUUACUGCUCCACCGGGGAGUCCAGCACCACACUGGACGCGCACGCAGGUGCGCGGCAUCAUCGCCCGGUGUCGUUCUACUCUAUCGCCGACCACUCUGACGAGUUUAAUCACAACCCAAAAGACGUCUCCGAACCACUUGCUUCUCAACCCACGGAUACUCUGCCUGCGCCGGUUUCGCGCCCACGAUCUCGUGCCCGUGCAAGCAGUGCCCAGCGGCGGUCGACUGCGUCGUCCUUAUACGAGGUCAAAUCUAAGGUGUACUGGAAGCUUCCCCGUUUCAUCCGCAAGCCGCUCUUUGCGUGGUUCGACCGCGUCGCGAUGGUGCUCUCGCCCGAGUGGCUUCGGACGACGCUGCUGGUAUGGGUGGCGUGGUGGGCGAUGUCAUUAGCGUACACGAUGUUCAACGUGUUCUUGCCGAAACUUCUGGAGGGGCGGUCACGAUCCGGGCUCCCGGGCUCCGCGCCGAGGAGCCUGGAGGAUAGCCUCUGGGACGUGGUGAUCUACGCGCUUGGUGGUUGCCCCGGUGCGAUUCUCGGCGCUUAUCUCAUCGAGUCGCCGCUCGGCCGGCGGUGGUCCCUCGCAGGCAGCACGUUUGUGACCGCGUUUUUCUGCUGGGUCUUCGUGCUCGUCGAGCAGUCGUGGGCCGUGCGCGCCAGCACUGUGGGGAUCAGCCUAAGCGCGACGGCGAUGUGGGCGGUAUUGUACGGAUGGACGCCCGAAAUCUUUGGGACCAAAGUACGAGGCACCGCAUGCGGGAUUGCGUCCGCACUGUCGCGCAUAGGCGGGAUGAUCGCUCCGAUAGUGGGCGGUACGCUGUUGACGGUCAACGUGUCGUUUCCCGUGUAUGUCAGCAUCGUGAUCUUCCUGCUCGCCGGGGUGUGUGUACUCCUUUUGCGAGAGGAAGAAUGCGAGCGGGGCAGGGAACGAGUUUUCGUGCAUUAG